AUGAUCAACAACAAGGGGAUCCAAUUCUCCAAGGCGAGGACGGCGGGUAACAGUGUGAAGGUGUUCACAAACACACCAGCUGACUACCGUCAGCUAGUCGCACUGCUGGACUCCAUCAAGCUGCCCUUCUUCACCUAUCAGCUGAAGGAGGACAGGACGGACCAGAGGUCAUUCGUGGACUACCCAGGGAGAUGUCAGUCAAUGACACCAAAGAGGAUCUAG